CAAUGCCACUGGAGACAUUUGGAAAGGCCCCUCCCUUGGGAAGGGCAUAAAUGUCCCCAGGGCCCCAGCACAGCACUCAGAAGGAGCCACAAGGAGCCUGCCCCAGAGGACAGGGCGUCUGCGGGGGGACAGCAGCGCGGACAGUAAGCACGCUCGCAGACACUGCGGAAGUGGUUUUCCGACAUGAAACUGGCAGCAAAUCUUCUCUGUUUGCUCCUGUGCCUCAUCGCAGUGGGUUGUGACCGGGUCUACGUCCACCCUUUCACUUUGUAUGCUUUCAAUGAGAGUGCCUGUGAGGGGCCGGAACACUUGGCCCAGGAGGGAAAGAAAACAUUUGUGCCUGCCUCCAUUGAAUCCCAAACCACACCUGCCUAUGAAGAGGAUGUAAAGGAUGAAGUCAGGCUGGACUCCUCAAGCCUGAGUGUCCAUGGGAGGCAGAAACUGAGCUACCUGAAGGACUUUGUGCAUGUUCUUGGCAUGCGGUUUUACAGUUUGCAGAGGGAAGCAUGGCAGGGCCAAAAUGUCCUCCUGUCCCCUACCAGUCUCUACGGCUCCUUGGUGUCUUUCUACCUGGGUGCAUCCAACCAGACGGCCGCUGAUUUGCAGGGUUUGCUGGGAUUUGUUCCUCCCUCUGGAGACUCCAAUUGCACCUCCAGGGUGGAUGGGCGCAAGCUCCUUGCAAGUCUAAGGACUAUCGAAAGCCUCAUCAAAAACCAGGAUGAGGAGCUGCUCUUUUCCAAGAUGCUCUGCCUCUUCUCUGCCCCUGGCAUACCCUUAUCCCAACAGUUUGUGCAUAACUUGCUCCCCUCUGCUGAUGCUUUCUACACACGAGCUGUGGACUUUACAAACCGAAGUGAGGCAACAAAACAAAUAAAUGCCUUUGUGGAGGCCAAAAGCAAGGGCCAAAGCAAGCACUUACUGACAGACCUCGAUCCAGGUACUGACUUGCUGUUCGCAGUGGAUGUUCGCCUGGCAGUGACUGCUAAGAAAGCCUCUCGGCUGAAAGAGCCUCAGGAGUUCUGGGUUGAUUCGAACAAGGCGAUCUCAGUCCCCAUGCUGUCAGUAACUGGGGUGUUCAAGUACAUGACUGACACCAGUGAGACCUUUUCUGCAACCGAAGUCCCCAUUGGCAAGAAUGUUCUGCUGGUGCUGCUGCAGCCCAUCAACGGCAAUGACCUGGACAAAGUAGAGGCCGAGCUCCCUUCGCAGUCAUCAGCCUGGCUUGAAAAUCUGUCCCCAAGGAAAAUUAAAUUAACUUUGCCAGAGUUAAGAAUGGAAGACAGCUCGGAUCUACAAAGAUUCCUUGCAGAUAUGAAAUUGCCUGCACUGCUGGGGAAGGAGGCAGAUCUCAGUAAAAUAAGUGACACCCACCUCACUGUUGGGAAGAUAAUGAAUAAAGCCUUUUUCCAACUGAACAGCGAUGGAACAGAUCAGCCAGAAGAUGCCACAGCACAGGAAGAAGAUGCGGUGCCACAGGAAGUAAUGCUGAACAAACCAUUCCUUUUAGCUGUGUUUGAAGCGAAGUCGAGGGCAAUGGUUUUCCUUGGUAGAGUAACAAACCCACUGCAGGAGGUUUAAAUGGAAGCACUGAGGAGGAGGGGAGAAGUGAUGUGUGUUUCCCAUCACCUUUUUCAUAUUCAUAAGCUAUUUUUAUGAUCAUGUUGAGUGCUCUACCUUACUUGAAGUGGGAAGGGUUUGAAAUACAGCUUUUUAAAAGCUAGAAAGUUACAAUAUUCCAUCCUUAUCUGUUUCAUGCGAAGUGACAAACUCCUCCACCCAGUUCCCUUCUUUCCUUCUCCCCAUUUUGUCUUCGCUGUUUUUCAAAGCAGCGGGGAUAAAACAGUAAUCAGCAAGCCACUGACUUACAAUGUUGUAAGUGCAAGUGCCAUUUACUACAGAAAGGUGGAAAAAAGGAUCUCUUCAUUCCUUGAGAAGUCACCUUUUAGUUUGAUCAGUUUUGCAAGAGACACCAUCUCUACAAUUUUUCAAAUUAUCCACAGAGAUUUCAAGCUUGAUCAGCAAUACUUGCCUUUAAAAUGCUGCCAACAGCAUGGGCAGGCUUUACUCGUCCCACUGAGCCAAGACUGGGCCUUGGAAGCAAAAACACGUUUAUAGGACGUUUCUUCUUUCUGCAGCCCAGAUGGACACGUUUUUCUUAACUCCAUGGAAAAACUAAAAAUAGGGCUGGUAGCAUUAAUGAACUGCUGCAGAUGAAUUCUCAGAGCCUGACAACAUUAUCUCUGAUUAUUUAGGAAAAAAAGAAGAAAGAGACCUACUUACUAUUCCAAUACAAUUCCAUUACUUAGAAUGUUUUCCAAUCUGAGAGGCAUUUAUUGUAGUCUUAUAGUGAAAAAAAGAACAUUGCUGGUUAGAGCUCAGAUGUGUAAGCCUUAACACAUCCAAACCAUAUUUUCUUUAAAGGAAAAAAAAAAAAGGAACAAAAUGGUAUUAG